CGCUGUAAUGAAUGUCCUCGCACAUCUAUAAAGCUGAAAGAGAGUAAAACUGAAGCUUGCAAUCGGACCUAACGGGAUCGUUACAGCAUUAUGUAUUUUUAAUCCAGGAUAUAAUAGACUGCACAUUUAAUCUGUCAGGAGAUUAAGGUACAGGCCAACAGCUGCCAGCUUGGUGGGGCGUUUCCUGGCCUGAAUGCGAACCGACUGCAGCUGGAGCAUGUCCACUGCAGGCUUGACUGCCCAGGAGAUCUGUUUACCCGCGCAAAGCCUUUUCCAGCGGGGCAGCCAUUGGCAUAGCAUGGCCGGAGCUAAGCCCUCUUGGAAAUACCAUGAUCUACGCAACUUGUACAUCAGCCUUGAUACUUCUAUGGAUUAUAACCUUCAGUCCCAGCAACAGGCGCUGUCAUCGUAUUCAGGAGGGGACAAACAGCGGACUAGCCAUCUUCAAUCACCAAACAGCCCGGGAGGUCAGCCCUUGCUCACCAAAAAAAAAAGACCUUCCAAGCUCACCCUUCUUUCGGACCAUUUUACAUCUAACCCUGUUGAGGACGAACAGGUGGUUCCCUGCUUUCAACGUCUAACAGUAUCGAAACGCAUCAGCCCUCCCCAGACACCCAGCCGAGCCACCAAACCCCUUCCCCCUAUACCUGGAUCAGCCGAGCUUUCCCCAGAUCAAGGCAUGGACAGUGAAGUCGAGUUCUUCAACGGAGAUGACAGUCGCUGCCUAGUUUCCGAACCUUGCUCCAAACACUCUUCAUUCCGCUAUGGAAUGCCCAGUAGGAGGAGUUUUCGGGGCUGUGGACAGAUUAACUAUGCGUACUACGAAGGUCCAACGCAGCAGAAGGAUCAGCCGCAUCCACACCCUCAACCGCAAACACAACCGCAGAAGCAGAGGCAAGAGCGGGAAACCCAACAAAGGGAACAAGAACUUCGCAGUCACCAGCAACAGCAGCAGCAGAACUGUCUCCGACAGCAGGAACGAACGCAACGGAAGCUACGCCGCUCCCAUUCUGGCCCUGCUGGCUGCUUCAACAAACCCACCUCCUUCCGACUGUCCAGUCACAAUCGGAACCUGCAUGGCUUGGAGAAACCGGAGGUUCCUCCUAGAGUUCCAAUUCCCCCACGUCCAAUUAAAACAGAAGACUACCGCCGCUGGUCAGCUGAAGUCUCGUCAGGGGCCAACAGCGAUGAAGACAGACCUCCUAAAGUGCCCCCUAGAGAACCUCUAUCCUGCGGUAGCUCCCGUACCCCUAGCCCUAAGAGUCUCCCAAUGUACCAUAACGGUAUCAUGCCCCCUACCCAAAGCUUUGCCCCGGAUCCCAAAUACGUCAGUCGUGGCUUGCAACGACAGAACAGCGAAGGUUCCCCAUGCAUUCUACCUGUCAUGGAGAACGGUCGGAAAGCCAGCAACACACACUACUUCCUUUUACCAGAACGCCCUGCAUACCUGGACAAACACGAGAAGUAUUUAAUGGACAGCACAGUGAGUCGAGGCACUGACGCAUCUGAUUCAAGUUCAGACUUGGAAUGUCAAAGCAAAAGGAAAACGACACACCAAAUAGACUUGGUAUGAAUGAACCAACACAUCACUUCGGAUAUGUUGCUCUACUGCUUUGACAGUCUUUUUCGUUAGUUUUAACCAAUCGCUCCAUAAAUUGGAGCAAGUUACGUACGAAUUGCAGUUACUGGGACUUUUUUUGCGCGCAAUAUGGAAACAGUUCUGACAGUUCACGGCUCUAGGAACGAGCUCGGAAAAUAUUUUUAUUUCAUUGUUAUGUGAAACAUAAGUGUUGAAAAUGAUAACGUGGUGCAGUUGUUUGGUGUUAGCUGGUCUGAUACCUCCUUACUUCAGUGUUUUUGAGUGUUGUACAUGCAGUUUUCGUAGUCUCUUUUUAUAUUGCAUUGAAGAUGGUUUUUGUCUGAUCAAAGGGACAUAGGGUCAGUAAUGUUUCUGUAAGUUUAUGUCGUCUACCAUAUAUGAAGUAUAAAAUGGCCUAACAUCUUUUGGGGCCAGCAUUUUAAGUGAAGGGUAUUCCAUCUUUGACUAUUCCAUUGCGAAUACUGCAUGCAAAUUGCAUGCAAGCAUUUAGCUGUUCUUCUGUUAGACCAAUGCUCUCAGCUUUUGUCUGGACCUUCUUUUGUUUUGUUUUGUUUGUUUUCUUGUCUGUGUGGCCUGUCUGUACAUCUUGUAGUCUCGAGUAGUGGUCGACCGAAAUGUCGCAGAGGCCAAUAAAUCAGCCGAUAUUAUGACUUUUUUCAUUAUCGGCAUCGGCAGAUAAAUGUUCUUGUUUGGAUGGGUUUUUUAGCUUGAGAGCUCCAAAAAUCGCCUGCUUGCAUGUGAAGCGACUGAGACAUGUAAACGACCAGUCACCAUUCAUUUUGUUUUUACAUGCAUCGCGUUGCUACAAUAAUAGACCUAUGUGCAACACAAUGGCAUUGAAAUGGUCCGCAUAUCAGAGCCGCUGCAGACGCGUUUGAGCUCAGAGCUGUUUCAUUCGCUCUCCACAACAGUUCACUGUAAAUUUAACUGUCUUGUCUAAUGAUAAAAUGGCAAUAUAAAUCGGCAUCGGCCAUUAAAAAACACAUAGCGGUCGACCACUAGUCUCGAGUGUGUGUGACAUACUGUAGGAACAGGCUGAGUAUUGCUUUUCUGUUGCGAAUGGUGUGAGUGAUACAGGAGAGCUUGAAUGUGUUACAUUGCCCAAUUUUGGUGCUGCUUUUAAGCUUUUAUAAGCUGUUUAAGAUGGCAGCUGAAAUUUUGCCCUCUAAAUAAGAGUAUUCCCAAUCUGUGGCUUCUUACCAAGGUGUUGUGUGUAGAGUUCUUUUGUUGCACAAAAAAAGGCAAUACUUGGAAAACCUGUGAAUGUGUUUCUCGUCUUUUACAAUGCUGUCUUCACGUGAAGCUGUGAGCCAUUGUCUGGAAUAGGAUUUUCUCAAGUACUACCUCCCAUUAUAGACCUAGUUUUUCUUAAUUACCCAACUGUGGAUUGCAAAGACUCAACAAAUCCAAUCUAGUUUGACACCUGGCACUGUAUUUAACCAUACAUGAAGGUAAAAAAGGAAACAAUUUCCCUUGAUCUAUAUAUAUUUUAAUGGUUUUCCUAUUUUGAAACAGUCAGUUAUUAACACUUCCUCAAUUAAAGACAAAUCUACGACCAAUUUUAAGCACUGUGUGGAGUUGAAGUCCAUGCGUUAUGCAUUUGGCCGAACUCACACAUACUGAUUUUCCUGUUACUGUAUGUGCAUUCCUGUCAGGCGUGAUUACAGUGGGUGUGGGCACCUGAGACUUUGGCUGCUGGCAGCUGGUGAAUGAGAUGUUUAUUAUUAUAUAUCGUUUCCAGAACCAUUGUGAUAUCUCGGUAAAUGUAGCAAGUGCCAUGCAAUUAAAAAUUAAUAGAUAGUAAGAUUAAAAUACAUGCUGUUUGGAAGCUUUGAGGUCAAGUACAACUUUACACCUCACGAAGGAAAAGAAACUCAACUGAUGACAUUUAUUUUCCCCUUUAUUUUACCAGUUUGUGUAACUAGAAAUGUUUACAUUGUAUGCUGUUUCUUUAUUAUUAUUAUUAUUAUUUAAUCUUUCACUAUGUCUUACCUGGAAAAAAAUGAAGGCAAGUUUAAAGGGAUAUUUCAUUUUUGGCUGAACUAUCCCUUUAACAACAAAUAGACAUCUAUGCUGUGGAAUAUAUAUAUAUAUAUAUAUAGAUAUAUAAAUAUAAAGCAAAGUGCACUGAGAACACAGUAUGUUGUGAUGUGUAAAAGUAUUUAACAUUGUCCUCUUACCCAAAACUGAAUAGUGCUUAUUGUAGUGUAUUCUCUAAAGUAAUAAAAAUAAAUAAGACUUAUUUAUGAAUCAAGUUGGUCUUUAUCUGAUGUUCUGUCAU